AUGAUCCCUCCUCCAUCUAUGGCGAACUAUAGCCAUGCAGGGGACCACACCAUCUUGCAGAAUGUCUCUCCUCUCGCCACCUUCCUAAAACUGACCUCCCUGGGCUUCAUCAUCGGCGUCGGCGUGGUCGGGAACCUCCUGAUCUCCAUCCUGCUGGUCAAAGACAAGAGCCUGCACCGAGCGCCUUACUACUUCCUGCUGGACCUUUGCGCCUCGGACAUCCUGCGCUCGGCCAUCUGCUUCCCGUUUGUCUUCACCUCGGUCAAGAAUGGCUCGGCGUGGAGUUACGGCACGCUGACCUGCAAGGUGAUCGCCUUCCUGGGCGUGCUGUCUUGUUUCCACACGGCGUUCAUGCUCUUCUGUGUCAGCGUCACGCGCUACCUUGCCAUCGCGCACCACCGCUUCUACACAAAGAGGUUGACCUUCUGGACCUGCCUGGCCGUCAUCUGCAUGGUGUGGACGUUAUCGGUCGCCAUGGCCUUCCCGCCGGUUCUCGACGUGGGAACGUACUCGUUCAUCACCGAGGAGGACCAGUGCACCUUCCAGCACCGCUCGUUCCGCGCCAACGACUCGCUGGGGUUCAUGCUCCUCUUGGCGCUUAUCCUGCUAGCAACGCAGCUGGUUUACCUCAAGCUCAUCUUCUUCGUCCACGACCGGCGAAAAAUGAAGCCCGUCCAGUUCGUGCCCGCCGUCAGCCAGAACUGGACCUUCCACGGGCCCGGCGCCAGCGGGCAGGCGGCCGCCAACUGGUUAGCCGGAUUCGGUCGGGGCCCCACCCCGCCGACCCUGCUGGGGAUCCGGCAGAACGGCAACGCGGCCGGUCGCCGCCGGCUCCUGGUCUUGGACGAGUUCAAAACGGAGAAGAGGAUUAGUAGGAUGUUCUACAUCAUGACCUUUUUCUUCUUGGCGCUCUGGGGGCCUUAUCUGGUGGCCUGCUACUGGCGGGUGUUCGCCAGGGGUCCCGUGGUGCCGGCGGGCUACCUGACGGCCGCCGUGUGGAUGAGCUUUGCCCAGGCGGGGGUCAACCCGUUCAUCUGUAUCUUCUCCAACAGGGAGCUGCGGCGCUGCUUCAGCACCACGCUCCUCUACUGCCGAAAAUCCAGGUUACCGAGGGAACCCUACUGCGUUAUAUGA